AUGGGACAGUCACAGGAGGACUGGGAGGCCGCAGUCAGCUUAUUCGCGCAGGACUUCGCGCUCACCGUCAUUUCCGAAUCCAUGAAGGUACGGGAGCGUGUCUGGCAUUCAUUCAUCAAGGAUGCCUCCGUGGCUGCCUCAAUUGACACAGGAGCUUGGAUUGGAGCUCGAAGAGGAGGUCGAGGGUGUCAGCGAGCCGCAGGAGUCCGACCAGGAGGUGCUCCCUGUGCUGAUGGAUGCGCUGACGUCGGCGCAUCCGCCAAAGCGGCCUAUGGGGAGCCCCAGCCGCAAGACAAAAACACGUCCUCCUGACGCCCCGGUUCCCGGCGUCCGGGAUAAUGACAUACCUCCCCCAGAGCCGUCGCCUCGCCGUGAGUGGCUCGCCGACUCGCCGCCCCGCCCAAAACAAGUCCCUGAUGUCAUGUACGGCAGCCCCGCCGCAGCGCUGAGCCGCCACGCCCGUGUGCAUCAGUGGGAGCGGGAGAAGCAGAAGGAGGCCGCCAAGGAGGUCCUCCGGUGGAAGAGGGAAGCCGAGUCGCGUCGGAAGAAGGUCAAGGAGAAGGAGGAGAGAAGAGCGGCUGCCAUAAAGGCGGAGAUCGAUAAACUGUUCGCCCGCCACAAGAAGGAGAUGGACCAUUGGCGUGAGUUGG